AUGGCUAACGUUUCUAUGCCUACGAACGAUGCAACCCCAGACGAUGCCGGACCUACCAGAAGUAGCAGUGAAGAGAAGGAUAAUUUGACCCCCCAACAAAGUCGGAGAAAGGCCCAGAACAGAGCAGCGCAACGCGCAUUCCGAGAGAGAAAAGAAAGGCACGUCAAAGACUUGGAGACCAAGCUCACCAAUCUCCAGCACCAAUCCGUCACUCUAAAUGGCGAGAAUGAGCGCCUACGAAGAGAGCUGGCAAAGAUCGCCACUGAGAAUGAAAUCCUUCGCGCCACGUCUGGCUCCGCUUCCAAUGGCCCAACUCCCUUUUUGGAGGAACCAGACGAACUAGUGGGCCCUCUAGGCUUCGUACCAACAGAUGUGCCAACAAAGGGCCGCUCUCCGGCUAGCAGUGUGGCUUCUGGCAUGGAUUUGAGUUCUAAGUACGCCCACUUCAGUACGCUCAAAACUCUGACAGUGGACGAUGAGACUGGUGAGCCAAUGAUGGGUUCGGGCGCCACAUGGGACUACAUCCAAGCACACGAACUGUUUCGAAAGGGCUUGGUAGACGUUGGCGAUGUCUGUGAGCGACUCAAGAAGAUGGCACGCUGCGAUGGACAGGGACCGAUAUUCCUGGAAAGCGACAUCCGACAAGCGAUUGCGGAAAGUGCUGUUGCUGGGGGCCGGGAUGAGUUAAUCUGA